AUGACGGCCUGCGAUGACUACUACUACCACCACGGCACCCAGCUGCCCUCCAUGGCCUGGAAUUUGGACGACCUCGAAGAUGCCACAGCAUCUGAAUUCGCCGGUGGGCAGGGAAUUCUCGGCGACCAUGUUUCCCUCGAUACUCUCUCUCUAUCAUCGUCUUCCUUGCUCAAGUAUCGUAUCUGACAUGCUGCUCCUCGCAGUGCUCACGACGGGGUACCUGGAAGACGCCAUUGCCCAGUGGGACGACCGGUGCAAGCGGCGGCGGACGCUGCUCUUCCCACGGAACCGAGCGGCGGCGGAGGACGUCGUCCUCGAAGACAUCGUCCUGGUAAUUGUCCACCUUCGCUGUAAUUCUGCAGAAGGUCAGAAGAACCCGCAAAAUCGUGACGUGGGACAGCUUCUUCCUCCCUUCAGGGCUUCUGGAACUGCAAGAGCCAUCCCCACGAUCUCGCCACUGGUCCGAGCAGCUUCGCCGGAGAUGCCCCCUCCUCCCGGUGCACAACUCCCAUGCACGCACCGCCGGCCACGGCGGAAGAACAACCCCUCCCCAAUACAUCGUCUUCUUCGUCUCCCGAUGGUUGCCCUAAAAUCAGAGGCUUCUCCGUGAAUGGUGGCCAUUCCUCGCCAGCGCUGUCCCUUACAAUGGACCUGUCAUCUGUUCAUGGGGGGUAACAGGAUUCCUUGCGUUCGUUUCCUCCGCAGAGUUGGCAGCGGAUUCCCGGCCGGAGAAGAAGAAGACGGCGGCGACGAGGAGGAAGGUGGUGUACCCGUUCGCGGUGGUGAGGCCAGGCGGGUUCGACGGCGGCACCACCCUCGAAGACAUAAACCGGCGGCUACUCAUGCGGCCGUCGAGGCCCAUCCGGCACCCCGUCGGAGAAUUCGCUUGCCUCCCCUGCGUCUCCGGCGACGGCCCCGGCCUCUCCGGCAAAGCCAUUGUGGGCCUCACCAGAAUAUCCACCCGCGGGAGGGGAACCAUCACUAUCAUCAGAACGAAGGGAUGA